UUUUUUCUCCCGGAGUCUUAUUAAUUUCUCUGUGGGGCUGCAGCUGGAGACCGCGGAGCGUUGGAAAUGACGCUCAGAGCUUUAAUUACCGCAGCCGCCGGACAAGUGUGAGGAAAGCUGACAGGAAAAAAGGACAGGAUCGGGGGUGAAGCAAGAAGCUUCGCCCCCACCUCUCCCUUUCCUCCCAAAUUGGACUGGAGGUGCAAGGAAACUGAGAAGGGAGCCGAACACAGUCCGGCUGUGGGGAGAGGCCGGAAACCUACCGCCUCUUUGCAGUCAACUUUUUUUGGAAAUCUUUUGCCGAAUCCUUCCUUUUUAUUGUUGACCAACCAGUGAGCGAGAGCGAGAAAGUGAGGAGGGAGCGAGAAAGCCAAGGCUCACACGGGGAACUAGCUGCCCGGUCCGGUCAGGCGCACCACGGGCACACACUCGAGCACACUCCCACCCGCGCGCCCCCUCACGCGCCCCCUCUCCCCCUCCUCGGGGCCGGGGCCCUGGACCCGCGGGCGCGGACUCGGCCGCCCGCGCUCGGAGCCGGUGCACCGCGCGCGCCAGUCCCCCUCGCGCUCCCACGCGCGCUGGGCUGAGGGAUCUCCUCCGCGUGCCCGAAAGGGGAUAUGCCAUUUGGACAUGUAAUUGUCAGCACGGGAUCUGAGACUUCCAAAAAAUGAAGCUGGCGACAGGACUGUGGGUCUGGGUGAGCCUUCUCGUGGCGGCGGGGACCGUCCAGCCCAGCGCUUCUCAGUCAGUGUGUGCAGGAACAGAGAAUAAGCUGAGCUCUCUCUCUGACCUGGAGCAGCAGUACCGAGCCUUGCGCAAAUACUAUGAGAACUGUGAGGUAGUCAUGGGCAACCUGGAGAUAACCAGCAUUGAGCACAACCGGGACCUCUCCUUUCUGCGGUCCAUACGAGAAGUCACGGGCUACGUGCUGGUGGCUCUUAAUCAGUUUCGCUACCUGCCUCUGGAGAAUUUACGCAUUAUCCGUGGGACAAAACUUUAUGAGGACCGUUACGCCUUGGCAAUAUUUUUAAACUACAGAAAAGAUGGAAACUUUGGACUCCAAGAACUUGGAUUGAAGAACUUGACAGAAAUCCUAAAUGGCGGAGUCUACGUAGACCAGAACAAAUUUCUUUGUUAUACAGAUACAAUUCAUUGGCAGGACAUUGUUCGGAAUCCAUGGCCUUCCAACCUGACUCUGGUGUCAACAAAUGGCAGCUCAGGAUGUGGGCGUUGCCAUAAGUCCUGUACUGGCCGAUGCUGGGGACCCACAGAAAAUCAUUGUCAGACUUUGACAAGGACAGUAUGUGCAGAACAGUGUGAUGGCAGAUGCUACGGGCCCUACGUCAGUGACUGCUGUCAUCGAGAAUGUGCUGGAGGCUGCUCAGGACCUAAGGACACCGACUGCUUCGCUUGCAUGAACUUCAAUGACAGUGGAGCCUGUGUUACUCAGUGUCCACAAACGUUUGUCUACAAUCCAACCACCUUUCAACUGGAGCAUAAUUUCAAUGCAAAAUAUACCUAUGGAGCAUUUUGUGUCAAGAAGUGCCCACAUAACUUUGUGGUGGAUUCCAGCUCUUGUGUGCGUGCCUGCCCUAGUUCCAAGAUGGAAGUAGAAGAAAAUGGGAUUAAAAUGUGUAAACCUUGCACUGAUAUUUGCCCAAAAGCUUGUGAUGGCAUUGGCACAGGCUCACUGAUGUCAGCUCAGACCGUGGAUUCUAGUAACAUUGACAAGUUCAUAAACUGCACCAAAAUCAAUGGGAAUUUGAUCUUCCUUGUCACUGGUAUUCAUGGGGACCCUUACAAUGCAAUUGAAGCCAUAGACCCAGAGAAGCUGAAUGUCUUUCGGACAGUCCGAGAGAUAACAGGUUUCUUGAACAUACAGUCAUGGCCCCCAAACAUGACUGACUUCAGUGUUUUUUCUAACCUAGUGACCAUUGGUGGAAGAGUGCUAUAUAGUGGCCUUUCCUUGCUUAUCCUCAAGCAGCAGGGCAUCACUUCUCUACAAUUCCAGUCCCUGAAGGAAAUCAGUGCAGGAAACAUCUACAUCACCGACAACAGCAACCUGUGUUAUUAUCAUACCAUUAACUGGACGACACUCUUCAGCACCAUCAACCAAAGAAUAGUGAUCCGGGACAACAGGAAGGCUGAAAACUGCACUGCAGAAGGAAUGGUGUGUAACCAUCUCUGUUCAAACGAUGGGUGCUGGGGACCUGGGCCAGACCAGUGUCUGUCAUGCCGUCGCUUCAGCAGGGGAAGGACCUGCAUAGAAUCGUGUAACCUCUACGAUGGUGAAUUUCGGGAGUUUGAGAAUGGCUCCAUCUGUGUGGAGUGUGACCCCCAGUGUGAGAAGAUGGACGACGGCGUCCUCACGUGCCAUGGCCCGGGACCUGACAACUGCACAAAGUGCUCCCAUUUUAAGGAUGGCCCAAACUGUGUGGAAAAAUGUCCAGAUGGCUUACAGGGGGCAAACAGUUUCAUCUUCAAGUAUGCUGAUCAGGAUCGGGAAUGCCAUCCGUGCCACCCAAACUGCACCCAAGGGUGUAGCGGUCCCACUAGUCAUGACUGCAUUUACUACCUUUGGACGGGCCAUUCCACUUUACCACAACAUGCUAGAACUCCCCUAAUUGCAGCUGGAGUCAUUGGUGGGCUCUUCAUCCUGGUCAUCAUGGGUCUAACGUUUGCAGUUUAUGUUAGGAGGAAAAGCAUCAAAAAGAAAAGAGCCUUAAGAAGAUUCCUGGAAACAGAGUUGGUGGAACCUUUAACUCCCAGUGGCACAGCACCCAAUCAAGCUCAGCUUCGUAUUUUGAAAGAAACUGAGCUCAAAAGAGUGAAAGUACUUGGCUCAGGUGCUUUUGGAACCGUUUAUAAAGGUAUUUGGGUUCCUGAAGGAGAAACGGUGAAGAUUCCUGUGGCUAUUAAGAUUCUUAAUGAAACAACUGGUCCCAAAGCCAAUGUGGAGUUUAUGGAUGAAGCUCUGAUCAUGGCAAGUAUGGAUCAUCCACACUUAGUCCGAUUAUUAGGUGUGUGUCUGAGCCCAACCAUUCAGCUGGUUACACAGCUCAUGCCCCAUGGCUGCCUGCUGGAUUACGUCCAUGAACACAAGGACAACAUUGGAUCACAGCUGUUGCUUAACUGGUGUGUCCAGAUAGCUAAGGGAAUGAUGUACCUGGAAGAAAGACGGCUUGUUCAUCGGGAUUUGGCAGCCCGUAACGUCUUAGUGAAAUCUCCUAACCAUGUGAAAAUCACGGAUUUUGGACUAGCCAGACUUUUGGAAGGAGAUGAAAAAGAGUAUAAUGCUGAUGGAGGAAAGAUGCCAAUUAAAUGGAUGGCUCUGGAGUGUAUACAUUAUAGGAAGUUCACCCAUCAGAGCGACGUUUGGAGCUAUGGAGUCACUAUAUGGGAAUUGAUGACCUUCGGAGGAAAACCCUACGAUGGAAUUCCAACCAGAGAAAUUCCCGAUUUAUUAGAAAAAGGAGAACGUCUGCCCCAGCCUCCCAUCUGCACUAUUGACGUUUACAUGGUCAUGGUCAAAUGUUGGAUGAUUGAUGCUGACAGUAGACCUAAAUUUAAGGAACUGGCUGCUGAAUUUUCAAGGAUGGCUCGAGACCCUCAAAGAUACCUAGUUAUCCAGGGUGAUGAUCGCAUGAAGCUUCCCAGUCCAAAUGACAGCAAGUUCUUUCAGAAUCUCUUGGAUGAAGAGGAUUUAGAAGACAUGAUGGAUGCUGAGGAAUACCUGGUCCCUCAGGCUUUUAACAUCCCACCUCCCAUCUAUACUUCCAGAGCAAGAAUUGACUCAAAUAGGAGUGAAAUUGGACACAGCCCUCCUCCUGCCUACACCCCCAUGUCAGGAAACCAGUUUGUGUACCGAGAUGGGGGUUUCGCUGCAGAGCAAGGAGUGCCCGUGCCCUACAGAGCCACAACCAGCACCAUCCCAGAAGCUCCAGUCGCUCAGGGGGCUACAGCCGAGAUCUUUGAUGACUCCUGUUGUAACGGCACCUUACGCAAGCCAGUGACACCCCAUGUCCAAGAGGACAGCAGCACCCAGAGGUACAGCGCCGACCCCACAGUGUUUGCCCCGGAACGAAGCCCGCGAGGAGAGCUGGACGAAGAAGGGUACAUGACCCCUAUGCGAGCCAAACCCAAACAAGAAUACCUGAAUCCUGUGGAAGAGAACCCUUUUGUUUCUCGGAGAAAAAACGGAGACCUUCAAGCUCUGGAUAAUCCCGAAUAUCACAGUGCUUCCAGCGGUCCCCCCAAGGCCGAGGAUGAGUAUGUGAAUGAGCCACUGUACCUCAACACCUUUGCCAACGCCUUGGGGAACGCGGAGUACCUGAAGAACAACGUACUGUCUGUGCCCGAGAAGGCCAAGAAAGCAUUCGACAACCCCGACUACUGGAACCACAGCUUGCCACCCCGGAGCACCCUUCAGCACCCAGACUACCUGCAGGAGUACAGCACAAAAUAUUUUUAUAAACAAAAUGGACGGAUCCGACCUAUUGUGGCAGAGAAUCCGGAAUACCUCUCUGAGUUCUCGCUGAAGCCAGGCACUGUGCUGCCGCCUCCGCCCUACAGACACCGGAAUACUGUGGUGUAGGCCCGCGCCCACUUCCCCACCGCCUCUCUUUCUCUUCCCGUCUUCCUUCUACUCCCAAGGCCAGUAGUUCUGCCACUUCCCGGUGGAAAGUAGCGAGAUGCAAUGACAGUUAUGUGCUUAUGUAACUUGAACCUUAGAAGGAAGGACUGAAAGAGAAAGACAGGAGGAACCACACUGUUUCUUCAUUUCUCUGCAUGGGUUGGUCAGGAGAGUGGAACGGCGAGAGGAAGACCAGCAAAUAAGAGGCAAUACUGUCUGCUGCCAAACUAGUUUUCAAGUUUUUGUUUUUGGUUUUUUUUUUUUUUCCCCUCCUGAUUUUUCUCUUUCUUUCUUAUCUUUCUUCCUUCCUUCCUUUUUUUCCUUCCUUCCUUCCUUCCUUCCAAGGCACAUGCUUGAAAGACCCAAGCUCUCUGUUCCUAUUUGCAGGGACUGAUAAUUACAUUUUCAGCAUCCCUGGAAAUCCUAAUAAAGUUUCCAUUAGAACAAAAGGAUAAUCUUUUACAUAACAUAUAAUAGUAACUAAAAUUGAGAAGCCAGUCUCUCUCUCUGACAGUUUCUAUCCUGACAAGCAAGAAUGGCCAACUCUGCUUUCAUGAUAUUUGACUCUCCGUCAAAGUUAUAACAAUGUGUGGGGGAGGGGCUUUUUUGUUUUCAUGUUGUUUUGCUUUGAUCUGUACCUUCUUAUUACUUUCUCCCAUAUUUUGGGCUUUAAUUUAUAAUUGCAAAGAUUUUUACAUAAAACCUUAUGUGUUGCUAUAAAUUGACGGAAUUGUAAAAAGAAAUAUUUUAAUAUGGUGAAAUGGCCACUAUUUUAAAUAUACAGUCUUUAAAAUUAGAAGGGGAGGAUAUUAGUCAAAUGUAACAUCAACUCCAACUUUUGUGUUUUACACUAUUGACUAUGUAUCCCCCCAUUCUUUACAUUCUUUAACAUUUUCUUCUCCUCUAUGUACUUGAUAAGCAGUUGGUAAUGUUAAGAGUAGAAGGGAAACUAAGAGACAGUUCUGUGUGGUUCAUGAAAACUACUGACGCUUUCGGGGUGGUCCAAUGGGGAAUCCAUUGAACUGGAAGAAACACACUGGAUUGGGUAUGUCUACCUGGCAGAUACUCAGAAAUGUAGUUUGCACUUAAGCUAUAAUUUUAUUUGUUUUCUUUCUGAACUCCAUUUUGGAUUUUGAAUGAAGCAAUAUGGAAGCAACCAGCAAAACAACUCAUUUAAAUACAUUUUUUUUAAGUGCUAAGAUAAAGAAAGACUGGAAAUGCCAAACCAAGCAAAUUAGGACUUUGGAACAGUAUCCAGGGAUUAUGGUGAGAGGGUCAGCACAUGAUCGACAUGUGAUAUCACAUUUCCUACACAAGGAAAGUUGUCCAGUUUGUAUACUCCACUUGAAGGAAUGCAAGUAAGGACUGGCUUGAAUUCCAUGGAAUUUCUAGUAUAAAACUCUAUUUAUAUUAAGUAGAAGGUAACUCUUUGCACAUAAAUUGGUAUAAUAAAAAGAAAUACACAAACAUUUACUGAUAUAGAUAGGUCCUUGGAUCAAAAGUUGUAAAUAAAUGUGAAAAAACUUCUCAUGUAAUUAUUUUAAUAUCCAACCUACUAAUCUUUUGAUACUUUAUAUAGUAACUCUUUUUCUUCAAACUCAGCAUCUGAAUUCUAGGACCAUCUUUAUUGUGUAUCAUUUUAAGAUGAGCAAUGAGAACAAAUGGUAGGGAUGGGUCCAGGAAAGGGGGACCUCAGGUCAAUAAUUUAAAAAAUUGGAUGGAAGUCUCUCUUUUCUAGUAAAAUCUGCCCCAAUUCAUUUGGAAUUUUUAAAAAAUAUUUCCUUCUAAUGUUAAAGUAUUGGGACCAAAUGUGAGUGUAUCACCUAAAUGAAAGCAAUUAGACUAAAAAUCUCCACUGGCAAAGAGGAGCAUUUAGAAAAAGAAAUGAAAAGAAAUCUAGGUUUCUGCCUAUUGAAAAAAUGUAUCUAUCCAUCCAGCUCCCUUAUUUUUUCAACUCAUAAUGAUUUAGGGUCUAUUAAAAGCACUGUGUUAUGUGGGGAGCACCCAGAUAAAUGCAAUAUCCCUAACUUAAAAUUUUUACAAUCCAGAUAUAUUUGGAAUGACAUUUGUUUAUCUAUUUUAUAAUUCAAGGAAUACAAUUGCAUGAACUAUUUUAUGACCAUCAUCAUAAAAUCAGCUCUUUGUUAAAAGAUCUCCUGUGAACUCAUCUGGAACAUGAGUUAAGCAUCCUACAAGUUACCGAAGUCAACAAAGAGAAUAGCUUCAAUGUUAUCCAAACACAAACUGGUCUAGAAAGAUGUUGUAUCACUGGCUAGUUGUCCUCUCUGAAUUCUUACUGGACCGUUAAAUCAACAAUAGAUGUUGGUCUUCAGCCAAGAACAUUUGAGGCAUUGGGAUUGAUUUCUCCCUAAGUUUAUGAAAAGUGAGGGAAGCUAAAAGAAUGAGGUCGAGCGAGGGAGGGGUCUGUGAGAUCUCUUUCAGUGAAGUUCCAGCAUGAACUUCCCAAGGUUGUAGACACAGAACGACUCAGGGGCCACAGCCUAACAGCUCAGAGCUCUUCCACCCAAUCAGAGGAGGCUCCAGCAAGAGUCCUCACAUCAGUACUUAUGAAAAUGUGGAUAUAAGCCUGUCUUUCUAGGUAAAUGUAUACCAACUUCUCACUGACAGCACCCUUGUUGGGUACUAGAACUUGACUUUUUCUUCAGAUUUACAAUAUUCAUAUGGUUUCUACUGGGAUACGAAAAGCAGAAUCACUUAUGUUGGACAAGGAAAGAAAUAUAAUUAUUUUAUUAUUAAGUUAAUAGAAAAGUAUUCAGUGAAUGUAGUGUCUCUGAUCCUAAGACCCUUGCACAUCAGGUGCUAAUACUGGAGAUAGAUGCAAGUUUAAUCCAAAAGGACCCAAAAUGCUUCACAAGAACUCUUGUUCCUUCUGAAUGAUUUCUCUAGCACAUACUUGAUUUCCGUUGUUUUAGGGUUUUACUUUUGUUUUAUUUUUGUCCCCCUAGGAAAACAUAUUUUGGAGUGUAUAAAAGAGAGAGAGAAAAAAAUUUCAUCUGUUCCAAAGAAUGACUUAUUCAACCCAGUAGAGUGAAACCUUAAAAUGCCAGUUAAAGCCUGCAAAGGGCAUCGGAAUAACAGAUUAUUGUAGGCUAGUUGUAUCAGUGGAAAUACGUAGAACCAAUUAAGUAAAUCUGAGGAAAAUUAACGGUAACCUUACACAGACAGUAUUUUUAAAAUCACCAUAUCUUGUAGCUUAUACCUAUCUUGGAGAAUCUUUUUUUCAGGUAAGAAAAACUGUGUAACUAAAUGAUUGUUUAAAGCAGUGGUUCUUAGACAAGUGAGAAAAGACGUUGUCCAAGCCACCAUAGACCCAGAACCACAACGCAUCCUACACCGCAAAGAGGCACUUGAACGACUGAGUAGCAAGUGAUUUUCCAAAUAUUAGUGGCACUGGUUAGGAUGAGAGUUCUUUCUCGGGUGAUACUCUUGAAAGGGAAUUUUUUAAAAAGUGCAAAACACAAAUCAGAUUAAAAAUAUAUAAACUAAAAAUAUGAGAUUUUUUUUUCUCAGUAGGUGAGGAAGAUUAAAUAUCUGUAGCUGGAGAGGAGAAAUAGCCUUCUUCAAAGUAUUAUAAUACGUGUGUUAAUACCUUCUGAAAUCAGGACUUGGCGCGAAGAUCAUGUAUAUUCCUAAUGCCUGGGACAAGCCAGCAGAAGGACCGCGAGGUUCUGCUUCUACAUAAAGUUGGAAGGGGCAUUAACAUGCCUUUUGAAGUGUCAGAAAUAAAAGAAAAAGAAAAGUGUUUAAGCCGAUAAGGAAGGAUGUAAAUACAUGUUUCUCUAGAGAUAGCUAACAUUUAUUUCAAAACUUGAAUUAUUCACCCAUCUAUAAGUGUUGAUUAUUUAACUAGUAUUUGUAGUUCAUAAGGUAAUAGAAAAGGUGAUCAUGAAAGCAUGUAUAUAACUGGGCAGAACCACGAUAAUGCUGUAAGGUGUAGAUUUAGUUAGGUUAUCAGACAUUAAAUGAUUUUAAUACUAUUAAGUAAAUCAAACUAGAAAAGUAACCACAAAAUAUAAUGUAGCAAAAUAAAAGGCAGGAUAUGAAGAUAUAAGAUGGAUUUUGUGUAGUAAAAAAUACGUUUGCCAUUUAAAAUUGUUCUUUGUUAGGUUUAGCUGAAAGUAGGCAUAUGAAGAGCUGGUUCCACUUAUGAAAACUUACUUUAAAGCAUUACAAUUAUUUUUUUUUCUCAUUCCCCUAUGCCUUUACCAUUUUUAAAUGUAUUCACUGUAAAGAGAAAUUUUCAAAAUUUGUUUUGCAAACACUACCUUGUAGAGUUUAACAGGCAAAUAUGUUACAUAUGACUUUAAGAGGUUUUCAGAAUGAAGUAAAGGAAAUAUAAAUGUUCUAUUACCUUAUGUAGAGACAAAAAAUGAGUGGUGCCAUUUAGUAAACAGACAAAAUGCAUUUAAUUUGUGACAUAUCUGUCUUCCAUGAUAUCCUCCCAUCUACAAAAAAAAAAAAAAAAAAAAAAAGCCCAAGGAAUUAAUUAACAAUAUUCUGAUAAAUAAGUGCUAAAGUAAGCAUUUCAAAUGGCUGUAUUUCCAUGAUUUUGGACUCUAGUUAUUAGCCUGAUGAUUUUUAAUAGGGCAAAUGAGAAAUCCAGGUGUAAAACACUUCUAGUUGUUAAAAAAGUCAGAAAAGGGAAUCUACUGUAUAUGCUAUGGGCAGAGAAUUUUGCUGGGCCUUGCUUUGUGUAUAUGGUCUUUGAAGGACAGCUCGGCACCCAUGCAGACGUCUAAGGCAGACUCACAUCUCCUGAUUGCCAUUUGCUUAAGAACAAAUAAUACUAUACCGAGGUAGACUGGGCGUCAUUCUAAAAUAACAGUUGUCAGCAGAGACCGUGAUAUUAGUGAAAUUACAAAGGGGCCAGCGUUUAUACUUCUGGGUAGAAUUAACACACCUUUUCUAAGCCCAGAGAGACUUUGCGAGAGUAGUUCUUCCCACAAUUGCAAACACAAAGCUGUUGUGGACACUGUUGGCUCAGGAGCAUUUGCAUUUGUGUGGACAAACGGCUUUUAACACCAUGGGCUGCUUUGUUCUUUUCAUUUAAAACAACAACAAAAAAAUCUCUAUAGGAGAGAAAUUUCAGACACUCUGUUCAAAGUCCCGCUGCUUUUGCAGAGGUGCAAAAGCCUAGGGUGUGUCACCUCUGCAGACCCCUGUCCCACUUCUUCCCGGCCAGGUGCUAUUUGGGGCAGAGGAAACUACUUCUCGGGUGAUGAGCUGAAAAGACUCUGAGCCCCAAUUUCAAGUAGAUGUUCAUACGCUUCUCCUGGAAAAUACUCCUUUACAGUCAACUUUGCAAAUGAGUGGUUAUCUUAUUAGGAAUCACAGAAAAAUUCAUUUCUCUCUGGACCUUGCAAGAAAAUACCGCCCUUACUUCUUUUCUCAUCGGCACAACCAUUCCGUCCUCCUCUCUUUUCUGCCACCUGAGGUCAAAGUGGCCCUUCUGAUGCUGUAUCUGUGUUAAGCCAUAGUGGACUUCUGAGGUCCCACAUGCUGCUUUGUGAAAUACGGAUUUAGCCUCUGCCCUCAAAUGUCUGAUUUUUCCAUAAACGAUACUAGCGAUUGGGACAUUGUUUAGAUUAUUUCUCAAACACAUGACUGCACAUAGUAUACUUUAUGAUAUUAAAAUGAUGCUUUUCCAUGAAGAUCAAUUCUCUUACUAUGUCCUUCUCUGUAGGAAUCUAAGUCGAGUCAGCCCUGUGAUGAAAUCUUGAAAUUCACAUAUGUACACAUACCCUUAGUUGAUUUUAGAUUUAAUCUUUCCGUAAAAAAUUUACAUAUAAUAAUUUAUUUUUUGCCAGCAAAUUAACUUAUUUACUUUAUUUAUCUUACUUUACUCCUGACUGCAAAUAUUUUAUAGCUGCUGUAUUUUUUUUUCGUUAGUGAAGAGUCUUAUUAUCAUAAAGGUAAAGGCAAUUCAUCUUUGAGAACCACCUGCAAUUCUUUAUGGGAUCAUUCAUCCAUCUGACAAAUAUAUAAUGAGUCCAGUUUCACUGAAAUGAAAAUCCUUGUGGUCUAAUAAUAGGUUGCCAUUUUUUCUCUACUUUUGCUCUUUAAGGACAUUCUUCUUUCAAUGCUCUAAUGAGUUUUACCCAUAUCACAAGAAGUGGUUAUAUUUGUACAAAUAUACAAAUUUGAGAAAACAAAUUUUCAUCUCUGUAGGCAAUAGUCUAACUCGUACAAACCACUUUGCCUUUACCGCUAUUUUUACCCCUGAAGUGUGGAUGUUUCCCCCAGGCCUGCAGCUGUUUUGAAGGGAAGCAAAUCAGAGCUCUUAAGUACUGACAUAACCUGGUUCUUGAGUAUCAUUUCCAGAUUUUUCAGUUAGUUGGGGGUUGUACCUUUUCCCUAACGUGAGAGUCAUUUUCCUGUAUAUUUCUGGAUCUCUCAGGGGCUGGGAGGGGGGAGAGAAGGGGCCACACCACUCCAAGAAUCCUUUGGGAUUACUCCAGUAAUUAACCAUGGAAGUUAUUUUCUAAAUGUAGAUAUGUAAGCUGUUCUUUUAAAGUAAGGUACUUCGGAAUAUGUAGCAUAAAUUGGUACUGCUGUUAAAUGGGUCGAUUAUUAAACUGAGCAGCUGUGCGAGGGCAGCUAACUUUGAAUGCACACCUCACUGGCUGGUGUGUCUACACCUCCUGUCUGGAGCACCAGGGACUUGCAUCGCUGCAGGUCAAAACUGCAUUUUCACACGGUGUGACUAGGUGUGUGUCUCUUUCUUGAGCACCAUUCGAACAAGAUCAGAUGAAAAUGAAAUCAAUCUGCAAGACAAUUCAUAGCACAAAAAAUAAUAAGUCACUUUAAAUCUUCUCUCAAACAUUCAUCUCAUACAUGCAUCAAAAUAGUUGACUAAGAUCAGUUCAGUUGAUAAAGGGAGACACUUCACCGAAAAGGCAGAGGCUUAAGGUAUUAUACACAUUUGUAUUCAUUUCCUUAUGUUCUUGACUUGUAAACAGACAACAAGCCCUCUCUCUUCUGAAGUAUCUUCAAAGGACAGGGGAGCAAAAAUACCUAGCUGGUAAGCCAUUGAUGUUUCAUUUAAAUCCCAGUGUUCAAAGUUAGCUGCCUUUUUGAAAUAAACAAACAAAAAAUACUACUGUAUGUUUGAAAAUGUGAAUAGUAUUUUUAUAGCUUGUUAAAGACAUGGCUAGUUGCAUUUGUAAAUAGGGAUAAUGUUGCUUUAAUUUUCUUCUGUGGGCAUCUUUAUUUGGAACAUAAUUGUCUUUAGGGUUGAUUUGUAUAUAAGUAAUUGGCUUGUGAUUGUUUCUUUUUGGUUGGGAGUUAUCAUUUUGACAUUACUUGUGAUUCUGUGUUCAGCACUAUCGUGACGUGUUCAACCUCUGCAUUCGCUUACACAAUAGGAUAUGCCAAUUGUGUGUGGUGUAAUGUUAUUUUGAUUUUUUUUUCUAUUUUAUCGAUGAAGGAUUAUGCACUUAACACAUACUAACUUUUUUAAUGUUAGGUAUAUUUUUAGUAUAAUUUCCCUUAUUCUUUCCUCUCCUUCAACCCUUCACCCCCUGUUUCUUCCCUUCCCCCAAUUUCUGUUGUUCUUUGAGAAUGAGGGACAAACAGUAUUUUAAAUUUCUGUACUUAGGCUUUUCUGUUAGUUCUCAAGGAUCCUCUCUUGGCUCUUGGGAGAGAAUUAUACCUGUACAAGGCGAUUAUAGAAUGCGACCUGCUUUGCCUCAUUCUGUACUGAUCAUCCCAGCUGAACAAUUUGAAAACUGUUCUGCCUUUUUGUUACAUGAAUCUGUCAGAAAUAUAUUUUUAAUUUAAUAUAAAUGAAAUUCAAUAAAAUAUGAAACAAA